AUGGCCGCACUAACCGACUACAAGCUCUUUACUCCACUGCACCUUGAUGACCUCGAGCUAAAGAAUCGUGUUGUAUUUGAGGCCGCUGCAAUCUCGGAACAGGGCUAUGGAUGGCACCACGCUGCUGCUUGCUACACGGACGCACAUGUCGAAGGAUGGAAACGUGUGACCGAACGUGUACAUAAGAAAGGUGGGAAGAUCUUUCUACAAAUGUGGCACAUGGGUCGUCAAGCCCACUCGAGCUAUAAUUCAAAAGGUGAAAUCGUCUCAGCAUCGGCUUUACGUCUUGAAAUUGGCCACACACGUGAUGUGAAUUACGUCGCUCAAGACUACGAGACUCCACGUUUUGAUGGUGUGGAGAUUCACAGUGCCAACGGAUACUUAAUUGACCAAUUUCUGCAAUCGUGUACUAACAAACGUGGGGACAAAUACGGCGGUUCGUUCGAGAAUCGAGCUCGUCUUUUAAUUGAGAUUGUUGAAGCUGUCAAGAUGGCUGUACCAUCGCAUCGUAUUGGUGUACGACUGUCACCAAAUGGGAGUCUUGCGGGCAUGGGUAGUGAGGACAAUUAUGAAAUGUUCAAGUACGCAAUGGAGCGUUUGAGUACGUACAAUUUAGGGUAUCUUGCCAUAUUAGACGGCGUUGGCUUUGGCUAUACAGACAAGUGUCGUCUCAUCACUGCAUUUGAUGCCAAGACGGCAUUUAAAGGCAUUGUUAUGGCCAACAAUAGUUACACUCGUGACCGUGCUGAAGGUGCGAUUGGCACUGGAGCCGUCGACAUGGUGGGCUUUGGACGAUUGUACAUUUCAAACCCCGAUCUUGCUGAGCGCUUUCAGAAUGAUUGGCCAUUGGCUCCACAGGCUGAACCCAACGUAUACUAUAAUUCAUCGCUGGGUGGCAAAGGCUACAACGACUUUCCGAGUUACAACGAAGCGUAA